AUGCCAGCAAUCGCGUUGCAUGUUCCUCCGGCGUCGGAGUCUACAACGAGGCCUGCGGAUCUCGAGGCCAGUCUGUUGCGUGUUUAUGACUUGGUUGUCAACUUGCCGGUCCACACCCUCAAAGAAGACGGGCCCUCUAGAAUUGAGAAAUUGCGCCGUGGCCGGCAGGAGGCGACGGACGAGGCGGUUGUGCUGGCUGAGGGUGAGUGCGGGUGGUGCUGCACCUCGGAGACACCAGUUGCUGGCUCGGUUGUCGGGUGGACGAGAGACUUUCUAGUCGAGUCAACCCUUAUGGCGUCCAGUUGGAGUGCCCAUUUUCGGACCGUGUGCCGCGAAAAUGCUGCAAUUGUGCAAGUCGAUUAA